UCCGUUGCUGCUUGCAUGUAUUUUCCUUUGUACCUUCGAGUUCUUCUUCCGCCGUACAAUAUUUAGUCCGUCAUGCGUCCGCACUUCUUCACCUCAGCUGUCUGGUCCCUCUCUAGACUCUCCACUACCUCGGCCACCCUCACUUCGUCCUCUUCUGCCACCGCCCUCUUACGAGCAUCCUCAGCUCUCAGAUCUCUCCCUCUCGGCACCUGCAACCCUCAGAGGCUAUUCGUUACCAGCUCACACCAGUGCUCCGCCGUCAAGCCCCAGCCUAGGACCGCCGCUUCCAACCCGACCACCAUGGCUACCAAGACCGGCACCAUCAUCGACCUCAUCAAGCUCCGCCGCACCAUCUACGGCCUCAACAAGGAGCUGCCCAUCUCCACGGACCGCGUCCAGGAGAUCGUCAAGGAUGCGCUGAGGCACAUCCCCUCCUCCUUCAACUCCCAGAGCAACCGUGUCCUCGUCGUCUUCGGCGCUGACCACGACAAGCUCUGGGAUAUCACCUCCGACGUCCUCAAGGCCAUCGUGCCGGCCGAGCAGUGGGAGAGCACCGCCGGUCGCAUUGCCUCGUUCAAGGCCGGCGCCGGAACCGUCUUGUUCUUCGAGGACCAGGCUGUCGUGAAGAAGAUGCAAACGGAUUUCGCCCUGUACAGCGACCGGUUCCCCGUCUGGGCGUCCCAGACCGACGCCAUGCUCCAGUUCACUAUCUGGACCGCCCUGUCGGCCGAGGGCGUCGGUGCCAACCUGCAGCACUACAACCCGCUCAUCGACGCCAAGGUCGCCAACGAGUGGGGCAUCCCCGAGACCUGGCAGCUGAACGCUCAGCUCGUCUUCGGCGGCAAGACCGGCGAAGCCGGCGAGAAGGACUUCAAGCCCCUCGAGGAGAUCUACAAGAUCGCCGGCGUCUAAGCGCCCAACACCGGCGCGUGCCGGUCGCGGCCGAGACACAGCGACAGCAGCAACGGUGACGGUUUCUCUCCAAGCCCGUCGCUUCCGACUACGUGACCUACGCCGUGCAUCAGCCCGACGAGCUCGCCCCGAGUGCGGCGGAAAUCUUCCCCGGAAGAGUUGGACAGGAGAAAGGAGGUUGACGGAUGCUGCUGUGGUCGCGGAUGGAUGUCUAGACGGACGGACGGACGGACGGGCCGGCUCCUCAACCCAGCCUGUUUUUCGGCUCGUCCGCUAGCAGGCUCUCGAAUAUGUCGAACACGUACAGCUUCUAUAGACCGAACCUACCGACAUAGAACCCCCACACCUCAACCGGCAUAGGAAAUACUCAGGUUCACACGCUAGACCAGAUAAGUCAAACAAAUAAGUGAAAGAAAUCUACAAACCCACAACAUGCAUAUGAAAC